GCAGGGGGCGCUGUGUGAACGAGGCCUGCACGGGGAGCCGUGGGGGCGGGUCGGCGCUGCCCCGGUACGACCCGUCUCGGCCAGUCCCGGCGGGGCUCAUGGAGGGGCUGAGCGCUCGCAUCGAGGCCAUGGAGCGGCGGCUGGAGCGGGCGGAGGCGGAGCUGAGGGACAGGGGAGCCUGGGGGCUGCGGGUGCCCUCGGUGCCGGUGACUUUCAAGGAUGUGUUUGUGGAUUUCAGCAGGGAUGAGUGGGCCCUCCUGGAUGAUGAGCAGAAGGAGCUGCAUCGAAGCGUGAUGCAGAGCAACUGUGAAUUGCUGGUGUCCCUGUACUGUGACCUCGCCAAGCCUGAAGUCUUAUUGCAGAUGGAAGGAGGAGAGCCGUGCAUGCCAGCAGAGCCAGACCUGGAGGGCACAGCAGUGUCCCUGCAGCCAGCUGCAGCACACGUUCCUCAGGCAGCCAUAGGUGCUCCAGCAGACCUCAGCCACGGGACUGCCUCCCCUCCCUGCCCCAUCCCAAUGUGCUGCCAGGAAGUGCUGACCCUGAGCCUGCCUGCCCCUGCAGCAGCAGGUGCCGAGCUGGGGAGCCCAGGAUUGGAGCUGCAGGAGGGGGUCUGUGCUAUGCAGGGUCUGCAGGAGGAGCCCGUGGGAGGUGCAGGGAGUGAUGGGCGCUACCUGGCAGCAGCUGCUCCCGAAUCACUGUGCAGGGAGGAGAUGGCGGAUGUUUGCAGAGCGGUGGCACACGUGGAGCCCAGCAGCGUGAUGGACCUGCUGGGAAAGACAGAGGAGAGCGUGGGCAGAACCUCCUGCCAGCGGAACGUGGCCCGAUAGAUGUUGUACAGGAGUGUGGUGUGUGGGAAUGGCUUCUGCUCGAGGUCAGCCUCAGCAUCCAGCAGAGGAGCCACAGCAACCGCGUGCUGUCCAUCUGCAUUGGAUGCGCCCAGGCCUUCAUGUCCAAGGGGAAACUGCAGCAUCACCUGUGGGUCCGGGUGCUGCAGCAGAGGAUGCACUGAGCGGCACCACCUCGCCCUGUGUCUGCUGCAAUAGGAGCUUCAUGUGGCCUCUGAGUUCAUCCGCCACGGUGAGAGCGAUGUGGGCAGGAAGGGAUGAUGGUGCACAGAGCGCUGAAAGCCUGCAAGGCCCAUGGGGGCAAUGGGAGACUGGAGAGCCCACCUGAGUGCAGCAGCAAAACGGCUCUGCAUGCUGAGCCCGUGUAGGUGAGGAGCUGAGGGGGCUCUGCUGGGGCUGCUGCUGGCCCUUCUCCCCCCACCCUCAGCCGUGGGCCCGGGGCAGCGUGGCUGGAGCUCAUCCCACCCUGCAGUGUCCGUGGCUGCCGUGGGGUGGGAGCAGCGGCUGUGAGGGGCUGUGAGGGGCUCUGGCUGUAGGAUGGGGCUGCUCCCCGCAGCUGCUGGAAGGCCGGGCCAUUGGCUCAUUAAAGCAGCGCUGGGAACUCG